AAACAAAUACACGAAAUUAUAGAUCUUGAAGAAUACUUAAAUGGAACUAAAAGGAAAAUAUGACAAGCUCGUGGUGAUAAUAUAAGAAAUAACAACAUGAAACUUAUCAUUUGGAUUAUUUGUUUAUUUUUUCGUCCAGCUUCAUUUGAGAGGGCAGGUAUUAAACAUUGUACCACAAACACGUUCGGAUCCAGCACGCCUAUUGCCACUGGUGGUGCGGCAGGCUCAGCCACGUCAUACUUGAUGCAGGACCCUGAUUAUCAUAUUGACUGUUGUGGUGUCAUCAACAAAAUCACCUUCAGAGGCACUGGUGGUGCCUUCACACUUCAAAUCUGGAGACAAAAUGCUAAUACAAAUUUUGAACUUGUGAGCACGCAGGAUUAUACCCUUUCAGGUACUUCAUUCACGCCAGACGAUGAUAAACGUGUGUCAUUUCGUGAAGGAGAUGUUUUCGGAUGGACUGGUAAUGUCAUAAACAAAGUCACUAAUGCAGACAAACUUUUAAGCUGGACAUCUACGAGCGUAUCAGCGUCGUCUGUUGGCGACACACAUAAUUGGUACUCUGGGGACAUUGACGAGGAUAACGAAUACAAAAUUCAGAUUGAAGCAAGAGAAUCCACACAUCCGUAUUUCAAGAAUCUACCAGCUACAUUAAGCUAUGCGGACAUAGAUGUUGCUGUAAGUGGAGUUACACUGAUGACGUUGUCAUAUAACGAUAUAAACCCAGAUGAUGUUGCCGACCUGACUGUGUCAAUAUCACCAGCCUGGAGUGACAUGUUUGAACUCACAACAGGAGCUACCCCGAAUUUGAUAAAGACAAAAGAGAGUCUUGUACCAGGAACAUAUCACCCCGUGUUUCGUAUUGAAGAAGGUCACUGUGGACAAACUGCUACAGCAACAUUAACUGUUUCUGUCACUGACAGUGCUCCAUCUAUAGACAAUUUACCUGGGUUUGCCACGGUACACGAGGAUGACCUAGAUGAGGCACUGUUAUACACAGUGACAAUGUCAGAUCCGGCUAACCAGGGCAUGUGGUGUAAGGAAAAUGACUGGACUAUAGGAACAGGAGCCGGGGAAAAACCUUUCAUUGUUAAAAUGAUCUCAACUACUCCUGGAAGCUCACAAGCUGGUAUAUAUCUGAUAGAGGAUCCAAAGUUAGACUAUGAUACCACCAGUACCUACGACCUUACAAUAGAAUGUACGGACACAUAUGGUACUACAGUAACCGGCUCAUUCUGGGUUAAUGUUAUAAGAAACCAGGAACCAAUCUUCGCAAACCUACCAAACAUGGUAGAAGUGGACGCUACCACAUUAGUUGCCGGUAAUGUGUUACUGACUAUAUCAACCACUGACAGGGACGGUGAUACUGACCAGAGAACAUUAACUGUGACGUCAUGUACCCCUUCGUGUCCUUUCACUAUAUUAGAUUCGGGAGAAGUUCUAGCUAAUGAUGAUAUGCUAAGACAUACUUCUCCUCUAGGACCUUUCACAAUAUCUAUACAAGCCUUGGACUCACGACCUCCGGCAAUUACAGCGGAAAACCUGAUAGUUUAUGUGAAAAAUGUAAAUAAUGCGCCUGUGUUUACAAACGUGAAUGGUCAGAGCGUGUCAGUAGAUGAAAACGAGGCUCUGGGAAAGUCGCUGUACCAGAUGUCGGCAACUGACGCUGACAGUGGUGAUACACUAACAUACUAUAUGACAAUAAAUGACCAAGAGGGAUACGAUGUAUUUCAGCUAUCCUCAAGCGGUGAGCUAACAACUCAUUCUACAUACAGUAUUAACUACGAUAUUCUCACUACAAAAAGUUUUACUCUAACAAUUUACGUGAGUGACGGAAAGACGCAAGUUAGUGAAACGUUUACAGCGUCCGUUAAUAACGUUAAUGAAGCACCUGUUUUCAUCUACGCUGAUUGGCUGGUUUCACAAGAUGAGGGAGUUGCAGCCGACUUUGCAAGUGAUCCCGGACUAAUGUCUGCCGUGGAUCCGGACGGUGAUUCAAUCACGUAUUCAACAGAUUGUGGGACAUUAUACGAUGCUUAUAUAAAUAUCAAACCGUCAUCUGGACAAUUACAGUUCAUCCAGGAGUAUGAUUUAGAUAAUGCCGCUCUAGGUCUAGGAACAGCCGUUCAUUGUAAAUUAUACGUCACUGAUGCCGGGGGAUUAAACGAUACAGCACGUCUGUAUAUAGAUAUAAAGUAUGUAAAUGAACAUACUCCAGUCUUUAAUCCAACUACAUACUCUGUUGAAGUGAGCUCAGAUACACCGAUGGGAUUCUCAAUAAUAAAGGUAACAGUAACAGACGCGGAUCUUGGUGAAGACACUACUAUAAGUUAUGCAUUAGAUCAGUCAUCGAUUGGUACCGGGGAUCAUUUCAUUAUUAAAGAUGGUAUCAUAUAUGCUACAGAUGUUCUAACUGCUCUCGCCAAUGAGGGUACUAAAACACUGAUUGUGAAUGCGACUGAUGAAGAUGGAAAUUUUGCUACAGCGACAGUUACCAUGACAUUUUUAGAUUCUACUGUUGUCAAACUUCCAACAACUGAUAGAAACUGGGAAUUUAUUGAGGAUCAAAGAAAUAUCACGUGGUUAACUAUGUCUGUAGUUACUAUAGCAACAUGUUUACUUCUUGUCGUCUGCUGCAUUAUUCAAGUGUGUAUGAGAAGAAAGACUCCUCUAAUUGACUGGAGUAAAGUCCAGCAGGCAUUUAAAAGUAAACCGAAGCGUCAACUAGACAAGAAACGACGCCCAAUGCCUUUUGGUAAACAAGAAGCACCCCAAUAUCGACACGUGCAUGCUAACGAGGUUCUGCUACCGUCACGUGUAUUACUAGCAACACCAGCGCCGGUAGAUGGUAACUCAAUGAGGCCCGGCAGUGCUACAAGCGGACGAGUUACGGUAACUGAGGUGAGGGUGAACGAUAGCAAAUGGAUGGAUGGAACAAACAGCCCUGAACAGUCUGUUGCUCCUGUUAAAUCUAUAACCCGUCCUCGAAUAGAUGAUUGGGAAUAUAUGAAUCCUAACAGACGCUCAACUACAGACACUGGCAGACUGAGUGCUGACGUCAUGUAUGGACCGGAACAAUCGUCAUUGAGUCAAGUCACAAGUUUGUCCAAACAACGUCGUAACACUUUACAACGACAAACGCCGUCGAUGUCAAUACCAGUGUCACCAUCACCAGUACAGUAUGAAAACAUUGAUGACGACUUCAGAUCUGAGAGAAUUUCUAUAGCGUCGCCGUCUACUGAAAUACCAGAUGAACCAUAUUACUAGAUGACUUUAUAACUACUAAAUGUUAUAAUCUACCAAUAAUUAAUGAAAACAGACUUUACUUUGUUAGUAAAAGUGUCUAGGAGCUUCUAGUUAUUAUUUUGUAAUUGUUUGUUUGUU